GUGGGGCUGAAGGAGAGCGCUAGUGUUGACAAGCUAGUGAGUCCCCGAGCGUGUGCUGCCCUGGGUAGGGGGCUGCACGGAGCCCCGCGACCCUGGUCACCCAGCCUUCCUCGUGUCUCUGCGCGGGAUCUGGGGGUUCUCAUCCUCUCCCCUGCCCCACUGUGAUACAGGAUGCCUUUCAAUGGCGAGAAGCAGUGUGUGAGCGAGGACCAGCAGAGUGAUUCCGAGUCUUCGCGGUUCUCCGAAAGCAUGGCUUCGCUCAGUGACUAUGAAUGUUCCAGGCAGAGCUUUACCAGUAAUUCCUCUAGCAAAUCCAGCUCUCCUACCUCAACUAGCCCUCCCAAGGGUGUAAUGUUUGAUGAUGUGAUGACUGCAGCAAAGAACUUAUCAGACAUGACUCUUGCUCAUGAAAUAGCUGUAAAUGAGAACUUCCAGUUGAAGAAAACUGCCCUUCCAGAGAACAGCCUUGCAGGUCAAGUGAAGCAUGUUGUUCACCAGGCCUUCUGGGAUGUCUUGGAAGCAGAUCUCAGUGCUGAGCCUCCCCAGUAUGAAUAUGCCAUCAAACUGUUUGAAGAAAUCAGAGAGAUUCUUCUUUCUCUCCUCACUCCUGGUGGGAACAGGCUUCACAGCCAGAUCUGUGAAGUUCUGGAUAUCGACCUCAUUAGACAGCAGGCUGAGCACAAUGCUGUUGACAUCCAAGGUCUGGCCAGCUAUGUCAUCAACACAAUGGGAAAAAUAUGUGCUCCUGUGAGAGAUGAAGAUAUCAGAGAGUUGAAGGCUACUACCAACAUUGUGGAGAUGCUGAGACAAAUAUUCCGUGUCUUGGACCUCAUGAGAAUGGACAUGACAAAUUUUGUCAUUAAGAAUAUCAGACCUCACAUUCAACAUAAUUUGGUGGAAUAUGAAAGAAACAAAUUCCAGGAAAUUUUAGAAGAAACUCCAAAUGCCCUCAGUAAAACUACAGAAUGGCUAAAAGAGUCUAUAGAUGAAGAAUUACUUUCUGAGACUGCUGUAGCUCCUGGAGCUGAACAUAGUUCCAUGCCAAGCCUAAGCCCUUUGCUGGUGCUAAAUAGUUGUUACUUGAAACUACUUCAGUGGGAUUAUCAGAAAAAAGUCUUACCAGAGACACUCAUGACAGAUGGAACACGACUUAAGGAACUGACAGAAAAGCUGAAUCAAUUGAAAAUGAUUGCCUGCGUAUCCCUAAUUACCAACAACAUGAUGGGUGCUAUUACAGAAGGCCUGCCUGAGCUUGCAAACAGGUUAAAAAGGAUUUCCACUGUUCUGCUGGAAGGCAUGAAUAAAGAGACCUUUAACUUGAAGGAAGCCUUGAAUUCUAUUGGUGUUCAGACCUGUGCUGAAGUUAAUAAAGCCCUGAAAGAGAGAGGCUCGUCCAUUUUAAAUGCUCAGGUUCAAGCUAAUCUUGUUGGUCAGUUUUCAAGCCUUGAAGAGAAGGACAAUCCUGUCUGUACCUUGAUGGAUAAACGGAUCCAGUUGUAUAUGAAAAGCCUGCUCUGUCUUCCAAGUGCUCAGAAGAGCUUGCCUCCCAUGCCAGGCGGCCUCGAUGUCAUUCAGCAGGAACUGGAAGUGCUUGGCUGCCAGUACGCAAACAUCGUGAAUCUCAACAAACAGGUGUAUGGACCAUUUUAUGCAAAUAUAUUCCGAAAGCUGCUCUUCCAGGAUGAAGCCAUGGGGAAGAUAGAUGCUUCACUUCCAACUAGCUAAAAAGAAGCUGGCACUGGAGAAGCACUGGAAAAGAGAUGAAGAUCAGCAGUUGGUACACGGCCCACUUCCACCAAUGGCGUUAUUAUAGAUGUGGCACAGUCUCAGUGCUGUCUCUCUACAGAUUUAGUGUUAGACUAAAUCUGUGUACUCUGCUGAUGUUAGCAUCACAGAAGGGCCACAUAUCCCAUAGACUCUUUUGUGUAUCAUUUCCAAGUUUAAAGAAGAUAGUUUUAAUGAAGAAAAGUAAUUUUUCAUGAAUUAUAUUUCCUACAUGAUACUGGUGUUUUCUUAAACAUUUAUAUUGAAGUUUGGUUUUUGGUUUUCUGAGACAGCAUUUUUCUGUGUAAUGGCCCUGGCUGUCCUGGAGUAUAUUGAGCGUUUUUAUGUGGCUUGCUCAUUCAACCUGAAAGGGGUUGUUUUUGUUUUCAUACUUGAUUAUUCUGCAGUUGCCUGCAGGAAUACACAUGCGCAAACAUUUAAAAAUACACUGAAAAUGAAGGGCAUUCUGCUUCAUUUUUUGUUAAGUGGCAAAGUAAAUUUGUGUCUUGAGUCUGGGUUUGGCCAAGUAUAUUCAUUAGGAUUUUUAAACCAUAGCUCUUGGCAUGUUUAUUUAGUUUUUACUUAAGUGUUUACUUCUACUUUUGACACUUUCCUAACAUGGUUGUUUUGUAAUAAAACUAUUAAACAGCUGACAA